AUGUCGACUCCUUCUGGUACUCCCGCAAGUGCCACUAGUGAGGCUCCUAGUGUUUCGAAUGACGCGACCAUGGCGGACGACGAGGAUGUUCCUGUGAACACCCAUGUUGUUUUUAAGCAUUUCCUUACCUCUACUGAAGGUACCUCGAAUGGUCCUGAGCGUACUCUCCGCAUAUGCCGGCACUGCAAGCUUAAGUUCGUAGGGGGCGCCUUCCGUUGCGCGCAACACAUCACGCGCUGGAAAGGGCUGAAACGGAAGGACGUCUGUCUUUGCAAGGCGCCUAUCCCUUCUGCUGACCGCGGCGCCGUCCGCAAAUUGUACGAAGGCAAACACGCCUGCAGGGAAGGGAAGAAGAAGGCGGAGGAGAUGGCGAUCGAGGCGUGUGCGGGUGGAGCGAAGAAGCAGUGCAUCGAAGACUUCUACGGGGAAGGGGCGUCGUGUGCGAAGGAAUCGACAGACGACGCCAUCUGCCUCAUGUGGGCGGCACUUCACCUCCCGGAGCAUCUCGCAGAUCACCCUCACUGGCGCAACGCUGUGCGCUGCAUCACGGACGCGGGCCAUGGCUACGUUCCCCCGAAGCGGCGGUAUGUUGGUGGCACCGGCCUUGUGCGCUGCCGCGAAAAGAUCGAGAGGGGGCUCACUACCAUGACUGCGAGCUGGAAGCGGGAUGGCGUGACGAUAGGCUCGGACAUGAUGACGGACAAAAGUGGCCGUCCCCAAGCCAACAUCCUGCUCAUCAACGGUUCCAGUGCAGUGUUCACCGAAAGCAUCGACUGUAAGUUGGAGACGAAGACGGGAGGCUACAUUGCAUCCGUUUUGUGCCCGAUCAUUGAGAAGGUGGGGCCCGCCAACAUAGUUGCGUUAUGCAUCGAUGGGGGCAGCAAUUAUGCGGCUGCAUGUAGGGAACUCAUGCUUGAGUAUCCUCACAUUGAGCAUGUGCCGUGCGCUACUCACAUCAUGGAUCUGCUCAUGGAGGACAUUGGGAAAAUGGAUUGGGCGAAGGACAUUGUCGCUAAGGCGGGGGUGAUUAUUACCUUUGUGCGUGCCCACCAUUUCACCAAAGGUUACAUGCGAAGCCCGCAAGUGAAGGGAGGGAAGGGGAAGCAGGUGCUGAAGCCGGCGAGCACCAGAUUUGGCACGCAAUUCAUCGCGGUGCAGCGGCUUUGCGAGGUGCGGAGUGCAUUGACGCAGAUGGUGCUGAGCCCGGAGUGGCAGGCUUGGGCGAAGGGGAGGAAGCCGCCAGUCGAGCCCUUCGCAACCAUGAUCAUGGAUGCCGUGUGGUGGAAAGGUGCGGAGUUCUUUGUCGCCCUCCUGAAGAUCCCCUUUGUCGUCAUGCGCAAGACCGACUCGACGGCCAAGGGCAUGAUGGGCAGGAUGUACGAUCUGAUGCUGCAGCUCACGGAAGACAUCAAUGCGAAGCUGGAGGAGGAGGAGGCGGGAUUGGUGCUGUCCAGCAGUGAAUGCACGGAGGUGACCAACAUCGUCCAAAAGCGCUGGGACUAUAGCAUGGCGUGUGCCAUGCACGUGGUUGGCCGGAUCCUCAACCCAGUCAACCAAGAGGAAGGCAUCUUCCGCACCGACCUGGAGUGUACUCGCGUCUUCAAAGCGUUUGUCGCUCGUCACUACGCAGGGCAGACCGUCACGCGCAAGGAUGGCGAGGAGUCGGCCCUUCACUGCGGCCCCGCCGCCUGUCUCAGCGGCCUCGCCGCCCUUAUCUGCGGCCCCGCCGCCUCUCUCGUUGCGGCCCCGCCGCCCUUCACGGCGGCCCCGCCACCCGUCUCAGCGGCCCAGCCGCCCGUCUUCGCGGCCCCGCCGCCUCUCUCGCUGCGGCCCCGCCGCCUCUCACUGCGGCCCCGCUGCCCGUCUCAGCGGCCCCGCCGCCCGUCUUCGCGGCCCCGCCGCCUCUCUCGCUGCGGCCCCGCCGCCUCUCACUUCGGCUCCGCCGCCCGUCUCCGCGGCCCCGCCGCCUCUCUAGCUGCGGCCCCGCCGCCUCUCCCUGCAGCCCCGCCGCCCGUCUCAGCGGCCCCGCCGCCCGUCUUCGCGGCCCCGCCGCCUCUCUCGCUGCGGCCCCGCCGCCUCUCACUGCGGCCCCGCCGCCCGUCUCAGCGGCCCCGCCGCCCGUCUUCGCGGCCCCGCCGCCUCUCACUUCGGCCCCGCCGCCCGUCUCAGCGGCCCCGCCGCCCGUCUUCGCGGCCUCGCCGCCUCUCACUUCGGCCCCGCCGCCCGUCUCUGCGGCCCCGCCGCCCGUCUCCACGGCCCCGCCGCCUCUCUAGCUGCGGCCCCGCCGCCUCUCACUGCGGCCCCGCCGCCCACGACCUGCAGCUGUUCUUACAGUGCGAUAGGGCGGACGGCCUCUCUCUCUUUGACCUUACCUCUGGCGCUUCCCCUGCCCCUGCUGCUGAUGCUGACGCCACUGUUCGCUCCCAGUGCGCCACGCGCGACGCUGCUGCACGUCUUGCUGUGCGUCGCCACCUCCCUACCUCCGAGCGUGCGCACUUUAGUCAGUACAAGAGUGCUCAGACCUUGUACAACGCUGUAGUCGCGCGCUACUCCUCCCCUGCCACUGCUGCACUGAGCCGUCUCAUGCUACCGUACCUCUUCCUUGACCUUGCUGCCUUUCCCACCGUGGCUGACCUCAUUACGCACCUCCGCACUAGUGACACUCGCUACCGCGCUGCACUCCGUGCUGACUUCUGCGCCAAGAACCCCCCCCCCCCAUGUACAUCACUCUUGCGGCGUCUGCCCCUGGCGGGAGACGCCGCCCUGGCAAGGGCAAGGGGGGCAAGGGACCUGGAGGAGCGGGCGGUGGAGGUGGAGGUGGAGGCGGUGGGGGUAGUGGGGGUGGCGGUGGGAGUGGAGGUGCGGGUGGGGGGGUCGGUGGCGGCGGUGGAGGCGGAGGCGGCGGCGGCGGUGGCGGUGGGAGCGGAGGUGGCGGAGGAGGCGGCGGUGGAGGCGGCGGUGGAGGCGGCGGAGGCAGUGGGGGUGGCGGUGGAGCUGGUCGCGGGCCUUCGCAGAGGAGUGGCUCCGGUAGUGGCGCGCGCCAGCAGCAGCAGCGCGGUCGUGAGACCCUGUCCCCUCAGCAGCUCCGUGAGUGGUUUUGGUCCGUGCACCUACGUCCUGCGCACCGGCGACCGUGCGGGUGAGCAGUGUGGGGGUCCGCACCCCACCCAGCGCUGCUUUGGCCGCCUGACAGACGCGUGGCGUCACCAGUUCCCGGAGGCCUCAGAGAUUCCUCGCUGGGGCGAGCUGUCUAGGGCGGGUGUUGCCAUCUUUGAUCUUGACUUUGAUGCUAUUCUCUCUGCCAUGUAUGCUGUGUCUCAUAGUGAUGAGGGUGACUGCUACCGCUGUUUCCCGCCCGAUCCGGGCAUUGAGGCUGCUGCCCUAGGUGCUUGCGACGCUACUGCUCUAGGUGCUAGUGUGUCUGCGUCCUCAGGUACUGGUGAGUCUGCGCUCUCAGGUACUACGUCGGCUUCGGCCUCCCUCACCUUCACUCUUGACUCUAGGGCGUCUCGCUCCUUCUUUCGGGACCGCACCACACUCAUGCCGCUUAGUCGGCCGGUUGCGGUGUCUCUGGCUGACCCCUCCGGGGGUCCUGUACUGUCUCGCUUCUCCACAGUCCUCCCGUGUCCGGCGGCUCCCUCUGGCACCCUGUCUGGUCUCUACCUCCCGUCGUUCUCGACGAACCUGGUGAGUGGUGCUGACCUACAGGAUGGGGGAGUACACCAGUUCACUCCUGCGCGUCAGCGCGUGACGCACUGUACAGAGGCUAGCACAGGCCGGCACCUGGCUACGUUUACCCGUCAGCCGGGGUCGAGCUUGUACACACUGACCACUGCGUCUCCUCCCGUUACUGAGUCUGGUAGAGUCGCUUCGUCCGGUCAGGUGUUUGCUGCAGUGUCUAGAGGCAUGGCCUCCCGUCUUCUUGUGUCUGGUCUCCCCCGGUCCCUCCCUCCCCUUCCUCAGGGCACUGGCCCUGCCUGUGUCCCCUGUGUCGAGGGGCGCCAGCGGGCUGCCCCUCACUCCUCCCAGUUUCCUCCGACAGAGGCCCCGUUGCAGACGCUUCACAUGGACGUGUGGGGCCCAGCCCGCGUCCGUGGACAGGGUCACGAGCGCUACUUCCUGCUCGUUGUAAACGACUACUCGCGUUACACCACGGUCUUCCCCUUGUACAGCAAGGGUGAUGUCACUGAGGUGCUGAUCGACUGGAUCCGUGCGGCUCGUCUGCAGCUCAGGCAGAGCUUUGGCUCGGACUUCCCUGUUCUGUGUCUGCACUCGAACAGAGGCGGAGAGUUUUCCUCUGGCCUACUGCGAGCCUACUGUUGCGCACGAGGCAUCCAUCAGACCUUCACGCUUCCGGACUCACGGCAGCAAAAUGGGAUUGCUGAGCGCCGCAUUGGCAUGGUCAUGGACGUCGCUCGUACGUCUAUGAUGCAUGCGGCUGCCCCCCAUUUUCUGUGGCCGUUUGCGGUCAGGUUGGCGAUGCGUCGGCGUUCUGGGUCUGGGGAUCUCGGGCGUUUGUCCGCGACUUGUCUGCGGACAAGCUGUCCCCUCGUGCUGCUCCUUGCGUCUUCCUGGGGUUCCCCCCCUGACGCGCCUGGGUGGCAGUUCUACCACCCCACCUCUCGACGUGUUCUGUCCUCCCAGGACGUCACGUUUGACGAGUCGGUCCCCUACUACCGCCUCUUCCCCUACCGCACUCCGUCCCUCCCCCCACCCCUGCUCUUCCUUGUACUAGGUCCCCCCCAUGUAGACUCCCUCCCCCCUCAGGGUCCUGCCCCUUCAGGUGUGGCCCAGGUAGACGCAGUCAAGCCUGUCGAGGUCACUGGUGACUCUGGUGCUGCUGGGGGUGCUGAGCCAGGGGGUGCUGGACCUGGGGGUGCGGAGUUUGGGGGUGCUGAGCCUGGGGGUACUGCGUCUGGGGGUGCUGAGCCUGGGGGUACUGAGCGUGGGGGUGCUGAGCCUGGGGGUGCUGAGCUUGGGGGUGCUACGCCUGGGGGUGCUGAGCCUGGAGGUGCUACGCCUGGGGGUGCUAAGCCUGGAGGUGCUACGCCUGGGGGUGCAGGGAGUGGAGGUGCUCCGCCUGGAGUUUCUCCGGGUGCUUCUUCUCGCCGGGAGCCACUCUCUCCACAGGAGCUGCGCGAGUGGUUUGCGCGGCGCUGGCGCCGUACUGCUGGUGCUGGAGGUUCUUCGGCUGCUGAGGGUGCUGCGGUCGCGGGUCCCGGAGGUGCUCAUACUGGGAGUACUGGAACAGCUGGGCCUACGGGUUCGACUGGAGCUGGUGCUGCUGAGUGUGUCGGCGCUGAGACUACCGCUGGCGGUCCUACUGGGAGUGCUCCUGGUGCUGCUGGAGGUGCUGCUGGAGCGGGUGCUCCUGCUGAGGGUACUGGUGCUGUCCCUGCUGCUUCUGGCAUCGUCACGCGGCCUCGUCCGUACUUUGUUCCACUCGUGCAGCAGGUUCUUGGUCUUCCUCCUUCUACUGGUCCUCCUCCUCCCUUAGAGUGUCCACAGCCUGUCCCGUCACAGUCACAGCUACAGCCUGCAUCCCCUUUGCCUGCUCCUUCUCCCUACGCUGGUCCUACUGGAGGUCUUACUGAGCGUCGUGAGCCUACAUCUCCUCCUGCGUCGCCUGUAAGAGCUGCUCGCGCUAGUGGUCGCAGUUCGCGCCAGCGUCCUCCUCCUGUCCCUGACACGCAGCGGAUGUCUCUGAUCCGUCUACUGCUCCUCUGCGUGCCCCUUUGCCUUCCCCUCCUGAGUCCUCUCUUCCUGCACUUGCCGACCCUGAGUCGGACUCUCUUCGUGCUGCCAGACCUACUAUCACGCGUCUCCUUGCUACUGUUGGUGAAGCGGCCGCCGGGUUCUCCGCCUGUCUUCAAGGCGCGUUACGUGGCUCGUGGCUUCAGUCAGCGGCAGGGAGCUGACUACUUUCAGACCUUCUCCCCCACCCCGAAGAUGACCACUCUUUGGGUACUGCUGCACAUUGCUGCUCACCGUGACUACGAGCUCCACUCUCUCGACUUCAGCACAGCUUUCUUGCAGGGCAGCCUGCAUGAGGAGAUCUCGCUGCGCCGCCCACCUAGCUUCACUGGGUCUUUCCCUCCUGGUACCCAGUGGAGUCUCCGGCGUCCAGUCUACGGUCUCCGCCAGGCGCCACGUGAGUGGCACGACACACUGAGGACUACGCUUGCGGCUCUUGGGUUUGCUCCUUCUACUGCCGACCCGUCGCUGUUUCUGCGCACCGACACCUCUCUGCCGCCGUUCUACAUCCUCGUGUACGUCGACGACUUGGUCUUUGCCACAGCUGACACUGCUGGACUUGCCUACGUGAAGUCCGAGCUGCAGAAGCGACACACGUGCACAGACCUGGGUGAACUGCGCAGCUACCUUGGCUUGCAGAUCACCCGGGAUAGAGCACGCCGCACCAUUACCCUGACUCAGUCACACAUGGUGCAGCAGGUCCUUCAUUGCUUCGGCUUCACGUACUCCUCGCCUCAGGCCACUCCUCUGCCUACUCGCCACUCACUCUCAGCUCUGCCUUCGGAUGAGUCCGUAGAGUCGUGUGGCCCGUAUCCAGAGCUUGUUGGCUGCCUCAUGUACCUGAUGACCUGCACACGACCUGACCUUGCAUACCCUCUUAGCAUUCUCGCACGCUAUGUUGCUGCUGGGAGACACCGACCAGAGCACAUGGCUGCAGCGAAGAGGGUGUUGCGCUACUUGUGCAGUACGUCGGGCAUGGGGCUAGUGCUUGGAGGGCGGAGUCCAGUGGUCCUCACUGGGCACGCGGACGCUUCUUGGGCUGAUGACCAGGCUACGCAGCGGUCGUCACAGGGUUACACCUUCAGUCUUGGUUCCGGCUCUGUUUCGUGGCGGGCUACCCGCUCGUCUUCUGUUCUCGGCUCCAGUUGUGAGGCUGAGAUCUACGCCGGGGCUAUGGCUGCCCAGGAGCUUCGCUGGCUCACCUACCUGCUGACCGACCUUGGAGAGCCGCCUCGUUCUCCUCCAGUCCUAUACGUAGACAACAAGGCCAUGCUGGCCUUGUGUCGAGAGCAGCGACUGGAGCACAGGACAAAGCACAUUGCUCUCCGUUACUUUCUUGCUCGUUCAUAG